AUGUCGAAAACUGAGUACCGGUUGGGAUUUUGCCAACCAGUUGAUUAUUUUCCAAUCAUAUCUGAGCGCCGGCCUCAUGAUCUCAAUGAUGGAUGUGAGGACGAUGAUGAUUUUGAUGAUGAUGUUGGUGACGUUGAUGGCGAUAUUGACGACGUUGAUUCCAGCAACGAUGCUUUCUCAGAUGCCAUAGAUGUGUUCUCAUUGUCAGAGGCAAUAGACAUUACGGAAAAGAAAGCACAGAAACAACAUGAAAUUUCAUAA